AUGCAAGCAUCGAUCCUCAUCGUUUUCGCCGUGGCGGCGAUUGCCUCUGCGGGUAUUAUUCUUGACGGCGGCCAUGGUUACGGCGGUGGUGGUGGCUUUGGCGGUGGUGGCUUUGGCGGUGGUGGCGGCGGCGGUGGAGACGACAUUGACGUAGCUUCCAUCUCGUACGUCAAAACGCCCGUUGUGAGCGUAGGCUACGUCGCCAAGCCUGUAGUAAGUUAUGUGGCGAAGCCGGUGGCCACCGUUUCCCACGCCAUCAAGCCCGUUGUAACGUAUACAAGCAUCUCUAGCGGCGGCGGAGGUUUCGGCAGCGGUGGUGGUGGCAGCGGCGACGGUGGUGGCCAUGGAGGAGGAUGGCCCUGGCAUUAG